AUAGCUCCAGAGGAGUUUGUGUCUCUGGCUGAGCUGGAGGAUGCCUUGUUGAGGAACCUGUUUAGAGGGUAUCAGAAAUGGGUCCGACCCGUUCUGCACGCUAACGACACCAUCACAGUACGCUUCGGACUCAAGAUCUCACAGCUGGUGGACGUGGAUGAAAAGAAUCAGCUGAUGACUACUAAUGUCUGGCUAUGGCAGGAGUGGGUAGAUGUGAAGCUCCAGUGGAACCCAGAUGAGUAUGGAGGAAUCACCUCUAUCAGAGUUCCCUCUGAAACAAUAUGGCUGCCGGACAUCGUCCUCUAUGAGAAUGCUGACGGGCGUUUCGAGGGCUCUCUGAUGACCAAAGCCAUCGUGAGGUCAGACGGGACAAUCAGGUGGACCCCUCCGGCCAGCUACAAGUCUUCAUGCACCAUGGACGUCACCUUCUUUCCCUUCGACAGACAGAACUGCUCCAUGAAGUUUGGCUCGUGGACCUACGACGGCAACAUGGUCGACCUGGUCCUUGUCGACCACUACGUCGACCGAAAGGACUUCUUCGACAACGGUGUGUAGGAAAAAUACUCUUGAAGUAAGAUGUCUUGCUACUCCAAAAGCUUCAGAAGUCAAGCAACAAGUGAAUUGUUCUAGCUACAAUAAUAUCUCACGGUAUACAGUGUAUAGAAGGAAACGCAAAGUGGUUUCGUUACCAGUUAAUACAUGUCGGUUAGAGACGCCAUUUCUACAAGAAACAGCAGGGUGGUGGUAACUAACCCGGUUUGUCAGUCUCUUCCCACCACAGUUAAUGAAGACAUGAAUCAGUAUGACAGUGUCCUGUCUCUCUAUGUCCAAUGUGAAUGUGGUCCAGUUAAUGAAGACGUUAAUCAGUAUGACAGUGUCCUGUCUCUCUAUGUCCAAUGUGAAUGUGGUCCAGUUAAUGAAGACGUUAAUCAGUAUGACAGUGUCCUGUCUCUAUGUCCAAUGUGAAUGUGGUCCAGUUAAUGAAGACGUUAAUCAGUAUGACAGUGUCCUGUCUCUCUAUGUCCAAUGUGAAUGUGGUCCAGUUAAUGAAGACGUUAAUCAGUAUGACAGUGUCCUGUCUCUCUAUGUCCAAUGUGAAUGUGGUCCAGUUAAUGAAGACGUUAAUCAGUAUGACAGUGUCCUGUCUCUCUAUGUCCAAUGUGAAUGUGGUCCAGUUAAUGAAGACGUUAAUCAGUAUGACAGUGUCCUGUCUCUCUAUGUCCAAUGUGAAUGUGGUCCAGUUAAUGAAGACGUU